AUGUCCCGACUGGGUAAGUGCUGCGGGGGAAACGCCGCGGAGGAUGAGCGGCUUCCAUCCCGAGUGCCAGCCGACAUGGCGGACGAAAUCCAGCGGAACACCUUGCUUACGCUCAAAGAAAUACAGGGACUGUAUGACAGGUUUCGCAAGUACGCGCCCAACGGCCGUCUGCUUUUCUCCCGGUUUUGCGACACCUUGGGAGUGUUGGGAAUGCUGGAUGACACGAUGAUAGCAGAGCGGAUGUUCAGAGCGUUUGAUCAGAACAGAGAUAGAGAGCUGAGCUUUACUGAGUUCGCCACAGCUUUGGGCGUUAUGAUGCGCGGAACAGACGACCAAAAACUUGAUCUCUCAUUCCGCAUCCUCAACCCCACGUAUACGGGUACGGGAAAGUGCUUAGAAGAUUACCGCUUGCAGUCCGUGAGCACUUCAGGUUCUGACGACACCAUUGCAGCGUCUCCGCAUCGCCAGGCCUCCCAUACCAACUCUAGUGGUCUGCCUCGGCCGGCUUUUAGCAGUCCUCCCGCCUCUGGACUUGCAGUUGUUCAAGACGGGGAUGAAGAGGACAGUUGCGGAGUCGCCGGACAAGCUGAUGCUGCUGCUGAGCACGGGUCUCAAGCGAACUCUUCAAAGGUGAAGGACCAAAUUAGCAGCGAGACCGGCAAACCCGUUUCUGACCAAGUACUGGCGCCGAAGCAGACACUACGCGUCCCUGGGAGCGUGCAUUGGUUUGAGAGGUGCCGCAGCGUCAUUUACGCAGACAGUUUGGGGCUAGACGAAUUCCUCGAUUUGGUUAAGUGUCUGCAAGCUUCCCGCCGGGUCCUGCUAGGGGGAGAUGGCAACCUGGCGUCUGACGAGGAGAUAGCGAUGACAUUUCUGCCUCUUGCAUCGGAAAUGCCAGAUGGGUCGAGGCGGAUGAUGUUGAAAGACUUCAAAAGGGCGGUGCACACGAGCCCGCGGUUCCUCUGCCUCCUGGGCGUUACUAACAACAACGUAUCUACCCCUUCGUGCCAGUCCGAGACUUCCGGCACGACGAAAUCCGACAAGAGGAACAGCCUCUACUCGAUAGAGUGCACUGGGGUUUCGUGCACACUAGGCGGGACUUUAGGGUCCCCAGAGGCUGGUGCUGCUGUACGGGCGGAGCUUCUGCGUCGAGUGCGACAGGCGGAGGCUCAGGCUGAAGUGCAUCAGCGGAAGUUGCAACAACAGCAAAGGGAUCAGCUGAAGCAGCUGGCGGAGAGUCUCCGAGCUGUGGAGCGCGACGUAGAGGCGGUAAAAACGGCCCUUGCCUCAAAGGCGUCCGAUGCCUCAGCAAAGCCAUUGGGGGUAUAUCUCUGUGAGAACGAGUCGCCGGCACCCCAGCAUCAUGAGGAACUUUUCGGCCGAUUGUGCAGCAGUCCUGUACGCAGUGAUUCCGCCAAACUUGAAUCUUCUGGGGAAUGCGGAGGCACAGGAGACUCCACGGCAAAUGAAUCGCCUCGGAAGUUGCAGGCACAAGGCGGGAAGCCCAAUGUAGAGGGACCGCAGGCUUUUGUGGAGACAGCAGAAGGAGCAGAGCAGGCAGCGACGGCAGCGACAGCUGCUGCGGCGGCGGCGUUUGCUGCACUUCAGCAAGCUGAGCAGCAGCUUAAUCGCAUCCUAGAGGAGAGCAGCAUGGCGACUUUUCUGCCGAUGCACAUUGCAGAUCAGUUGAUGGUGGAAAUGAGCAGUAGGGAUAACUUCGAAGCCGUGCACGAGUUCAGUAGAGGGGGGCCAUCUGUUAUUCAACGGGACAUCUCAUGCCGCACGCGGAAGUCGAUACUCCUUCCUAAACUGACAGGGGAGUCAGUUAGUAGACCAAGUUCAGAAGCAAUCAGCGAGUCCGCCACGAACUGGUCCGUACCCCACCUUCUCGAUGGUCCAAGGCGGCACAAAGUCUCCUUCUUGGUUGGAGAAAACGAUAGCUCGCCUGCCCAGGACGUUGGUUAUCCGUUGCGCGCGCUUGUUCCAUUCAGCAAGUUGCGCCCACGAAAACGCCACUGCGCAGUCCGUGAGGGCUUCAACAACUACAAUAUUUCCUUUGAAGGAUCCCGGAUUGGAUGA